AAACACUUAAGGAGAAUUAGAAGAUUGAUAACGUCAAUUUGUUGCAUUCUAAACAUUACAAGCUUUUGUCAUCCGUUCAAAUGCCACUCGCGUUUGUUUUAGCGGUUAAAACAGAUUUGACGGCUUAUAGAAUAUAAAUCAAUCGUCGAGAUAGAAAAAAUUGUCGUUUCGGAAACUGGCAUCAUGUGGACGAUCCCAUUCAUCGCAUUUUGGGUUCUUUUCUUCGUUACCGUAGAAGGUUACGUAGUUAAUCCUGGACCCCUAGUAGUUGCGACCAGAGGCGAAGUAUGGCCUAAACCCCAGAGUCAGAAUUCGUCGGAAAAUUAUUUUAUACUUAGGCCAAAACAGUUUCAGUUCAAGGUUAACGAUGCGAGUUGCGAAAUUCUUGAGAACGCAUUCGAGAGAUACUGGAAAAUACUGCAGGAGAACAGCGUUCCUGAGUCGGUUAAGGCAUACGCAUCGAGAACUCGCGCGUGGCUGCAGGAUGUCAGUUUCCUGGGGUACAUCGAUGAGUUGAACGUCACCCUAAGGGGCAGAUGUGAAGAUAAUGAGUUCCCAUCUAACGACGUGGUCGAAGAAUAUACCUUGCAAAUAGCUAAGGGCAAUUUUGAGCUGAGUGCGACUACAAUAUGGGGUGUACUCCGAGGCUUGGAAACAUUUUCCCAAUUGUCUUACUACUCCAAGGAUGAGGAAUACCUGCGAGUCAACGCUACAAUCAUAGUUGACUAUCCACGAUUCAAAUAUAGAGGGUUGUUGCUGGACACAUCGAGGCACUUCAUUCCUUUGAACCUUGUCAAGUUGACAUUAGACGCCAUGUCGUAUAAUAAACUGAACGUCUUCCAUUGGCAUAUCGUCGAUGAUCAAAGUUUCCCCUAUGUCAGUCGAACGUUUCCAGAACUUAGCGAACAAGGCGCAUAUAAUCCACACACUCACGUCUACAACCCUGACGAUGUGCAGACCGUAAUUGAAUACGGAAGACAGAGAGGUAUCAGAGUUCUUCCGGAGUUUGACACUCCCGGACAUACGAGAUCAUGGGGGGUGUCGCAUCCCGAACUGCUAAGUCCGUGCUACGUCGACGACCACGGCAGGAUCUACGAAACAGGAAACUACGGCCCAAUCGAUCCCACCAGAAACGAGACAUACCCGUUCAUUCAGAAACUAUUUGCGGAAGUCAGAGAAGUGUUUCAGGACAAGUUUAUCCAUCUUGGCGGGGACGAAGUUGAAUUUGAAUGUUGGGAGAAUAACCCAACCAUCGAGAGAUUCAUGCAAAAGAACAACAUAACCACGUACGAAGAAUUGGAGAGUUAUUACAUCAAGAAGGUUAUCGAUAUGGUCGACGAUAUUGGGUUCGACUCCAUCGUAUGGGAAGAAGUAUUCGUCAACGGGGUCCAGACCCCGAACAACACGAUCAUCCACGUCUGGAGGGACAAUUGGAUGGACACGAUGUACGCGGUCACCAAAGCUGGAAAGAACGCCAUCCUGUCCGCCUGUUGGUACCUGGAUCAUUUGGAAACUGGAGGCGACUGGGAGAAAUACUAUUUGUGCGAACCGUACAACUAUGGAGGCAGCGCGGCUCAAAAUAAGCUUAUCAUUGGAGGAGAAGCGUGCAUGUGGGGUGAGACGAUAAAUGAAUACAACGUAAUCCCAAGGGUGUGGCCAAGGGCAUCGGCAGUCGCCGAGAGGUUGUGGUCGAGUAGUUUCGUAUUCGACUCGAUAGAGGCCGCCAAGAGACUCGAAGAGCAAACUUGCAGGAUGAAUAGAAGAGGUAUAACGGCGCAACCGCCCAAUGGACCCGGCUUUUGUGAAUGAUUUAUUACGCAUAGUGUAUUAUGGAUCAAAAGAAAAAUGAAUUCAAUAAAAUUUAU